UGAGUUCCGACAUCGAUAUUUAAGUGCUUAUUAUAAUCGAUAUAAGGUGAAAAGGGGUCCUACUGCAGAUAGAUAUGGAAGCUUAGAAUGGGCGAAACCGAAACCCCUCUGUCAAGCCAUUGGGCCCUGGGCAGCUUGGUAUUGAUCGGACUGGCAACUUCCGAGCUGGCCGGCGCUUCCACGAUAGUUGCUUUGCCACUAACUGCGCUGACGGUAGCAUUAGGCGCCCUCUGCGAACCGGCCGCAAGACCAAAAGAAGCGACAACGAGAAAGAGGAGUUUCCGCGAUAUUGUCGAGUUUGUAGAAAUUUGGUUUAACAUUCUCGAACUACUGGCGGCGGGAGCGACGUCGGCGAGAGUGGCCAGCGCUACCAUGGAUUACAUGAGCAGAGGACGACUGAGAGACUGGCUGUUCGGCCUCGAGUCCCAUUCGUUGGGCGAACCUUGGCCUGAUGUUCUCGGAGUGACUAUCGUCGUGGUCACGACUGCGCUUUUCAUGCUGGGACUUGACAAAUCAAGCACGUUGUCGAUCUUGCUCUACGCUGGACUAGGGGUGAGCUUCGUAUUCUUCAUUGUUGUCGGCAGCUUACACACCGACACCAUUUUCUGGAAUUGGACCGAGGACUUCACCUUAAACGGCUGGUCUUGCAUUCUGACAACGUCGGCCAUGUGCGCGUAUGCGUUCCCCAACGAAAUUUUAACCAAUCAAAAAAAGCUGUGCCUUAAGUACGGGUGCUUUAUAGUCGUGCCCUUGCUCUGUUACGUACUCAUCGUCGUCGUGUUCACGCUGAUGUCCCAUUUCAGGGAGCUGGCGGGAACCGCCAUUCCGUUGGUGCGCGUUUUUGAAAUACGCGACGUCGACUGGGCGCGUCCGGUUAUGGCGACGAGUACAAUUUUCGUGAGCUGUAUAGCGUUGACGGAGAUAAUUCCGUCGUUUUGCAACUGCGUGCUGAGGUUGGCGAGUAAAGAGUGGCGAAUGCUGGUGUCGUCCCUUCUCUAUCGCAAUCCACUCACUGGUGCGCCUGUGUUGUCAAUAUUUACAGUGGGUAGCCUGACGUCUAUUUUAGCCUUUGCGUGCCCUUUGUCUUAUCUUGUGCGUUUACUCAAUGUCGCCCCCUUGCUGAAAUGCGCCCUGCGCUCGAGCCGAGUGCUGUACGUGCGUUACAAACCGGAAUUCGUCCACGAGGACCUUUCAGUGCAACACACCAACAUACAGUACAGUCGGUUGCAAAAAGGCCAGAAGAGGACGGUCAAGCCGUCUCCUACGGCGCGAAUUAAGACAGCGUUCGACAUAAUGCCCCGAUUCUUCCGAAGCGCGACGGUUCCGUGUACCAGCACCGGAAUUUUGGACGAUAACGAAUGCCUGCUUAUGGACGACUAUAGCACCCAGAGCACGAGGGAGUGCGCUCAUGAUGGAGACAGUGAUACCGAGAGUGAUGUUAACGAAAUCUUAUCAAUGGCCGACGCUGAUGAAGCAGAGUCAAGCAGCUCGACUGAUAUCGACGCAGUGGUUCAAGAGUAUAAGGAGAAAGUUCAGGUGGCGACAGUGAACAACUUCGGGGAAAGUAAAAUGCCCACGCAACGGACCAGUCAAGUUGUCUUGGGUGCACUGGUCAUAAUUUACAUAUCAUCGUCGCUCACAAUGACCGGAAUUUUUAUGGACAUGUCCCAACUUAUUUGGCCGAGUGUCUCAGAAACAAGAGAGGAGGUGGAAAAAGGAGGGGAAAAUGGAGGAAAACGGGAAAGCGACCAGAACGGAAGCACUGGAAAUCCGUACAAGAGGCGCAACACAACAACUGAGCCAGUCGUUCGCCGAUGGUGGCAGCCUUGCUGUUGA